AUGCCCCCUCUCAGGUCUAGUAGGGCAUCGAAAGCUUGCGAUCUGUGUCGGAAGUACAAGACCCGCUGUUAUGCAUCCGAUAGCGCCAAGGGCAGCUGUCUUCGCUGCCGAACGUUAUCGCAACCUUGUUCUCUAAGAUUGCAAUCUGCCACGACAAACCAUCACCAAGAAUCGCUAAAUGAGCACCAGCAAGAUGAUUAUUCGCCCGAGAAUGACCGCCCAGGACCCUCAGAGCUCAACCAACAUCAAAGUAAAGGGGAUGAGAGACUCACGGGGCUCGAAAGAAUUGUGGAAAAUCUAGCAGACCGGCUUGACUCCAGAAUCGAUGCUCUUGCCAGUGCUUGGAGCAACGAUUCGUCUCGGCCAAUAGCUACAGACCCAAUGGUCCCUAUAGACCGAGGCACAGCCCCUGUGUUUAUGAUUAGAGACGCCGCCACCGAUGCGGGCGUGCAUUCACCUGAAGCAAUUAAUCUUCUUAUUCCGUCUUCUGACGUGAUAUCCACGGGACUGAUAUCGUUGUCUACUGCUCACUCCCUGCUUGAACUAUUCCAUAUACAUUAUGGACGAUGGGUUAGAUUUCCAGAUGGAAUAUCAACUGAGAUCCUUCUUCAACGGAUAAGGAAAUCGCCGCUACUUAUCUGCAGUGUUUUUUUGAUCGCCAUUCGACAUACCACGCAAAAUCUUGCAGAAAGGCUCGCACCCAAUCUAUUUCAUGAAGCAAAACGCCUCGUUACAGAGUCCCUGCUCAUUGCUCCUCAACCUUUAGAGUUUUUUCAAGCUGUCCUCAUAUUGAGUUUGUGGUCUACAACCAUAGGCCAAGCGCCAUUAAGUAUAGACAGUUGGCUUUUAACUGGCUAUGCGCUUCAGCAGGCAGUGGUCAGCCCAGAUUUUGCCAAUGUGUUUUUUCCUUCUACAGAGAUUCCUCAGCUUGACAACUGGUGCUUAUGGAAUCAUCUUUGUUUGGCUCAUCUACAAUACUGCGUAGGCACUUGCAGGCACGCCAUGCUCAGCAAACAACAAAUAGAUUGCUGCUCCCGGCUCGCUAAAUCCGGUCAUGCCAACAACUAUGAAGAGAGAAUGGUCGCUGAAGUCAACCUGUACUGGAUAAUUUAUGAAAAAUGCUGCGCUUCUCACAUUGACUUGGCCGCGACCAAGCUUGCCCUCCAGAAUUGGCAAAAUGAGUGGAUUAUAUUAUUUGACCAACCUCGAUCCCAAUUUCUUCAGAUGGGUUUUUAUUUUGCACAUCUCCUUGCAUAUGGGCAGUCUUUGAAAUCGGUUUCGGAGGCAAGGAACACGCCGAUAAUAGAAAUCGCGGUUCUGGAGAUGGUUCAAUGCUCAAGAUCUAUUAUCAACAUUGCCAUAGAAACCACCGAUGACCGUACGCGUCAUUUAACAGACCAGAUCUAUAACAUCGUUACCUUUUCUGCCCUCACCCUGUGCCGUCUGGUACAAACUUACGAACAAAAGCUUCGAGCAGCCAACUACGACAUUGAAGCUCUCGACGAGCUUGUUGUCAAAAUUAUAGAGUGGCUGAGGUCAAUCGGACUACCGUGUCAUGCCGCGAAUAUGCUGGCUAGUAUAGUCUCUGCGCAAUUCGAUAAACUGAGGCCAUACUAUCGGCCAACAAUUGUUGAUACUACAGCCUUGACAAACCAUCCUGUCCUUAGUCAUGAAUCUCCACCUCGUGAACCCGAACUUCAAUAUUCGGAUUUUAUCGGUUCGGAGCUUUUCGCUACUGUUGUUGAUAAUGUCAUGUGGCCGCAAUGGGGACCAUUUCAUUCAGGUAGUGACGAAACUAUUUAA